UUGCACAAGAAAUUAUUUGACAACUACAGGCCCGAUGUGAGACCCAUAGUAAACGCAUCAGCUGCUGUGAAUGUUGAUGUUGUGCUUUCCUUACAAUCUAUCAGGAAAUUAGAAUCAUCUUCGGAGACACUAGUAGCGUCAAUUUGGAUAAUGUUAAUUUGGAAAGACGAUCUUUUGGUAUGGAAUAAGACCGAUUAUGAAGAGAUUGAGCACAUUGCCAUUCCAGCUAAAAGGGUAUGGGUUCCAGAUUUAUACAUUGAUAAUAGUAUAUCUAUAGAGUCCGGCAUCUUAACGCCUGGAGAUUACAUACUUUCUGUUGACAACAACGGUACAGUAAUUUGGUACCUAGGAAAAACAACCGAAACACGCUGUAAGAUGAACCUUGGAAAAUUUCCGUUCGAUACACAGACUUGUUCCAUUGAUUUGAUACAAUGGGCAAGCAAGGCGUCGGAGGUCAGGCUUUUAAAGAGCGAUAAUAUAGGUCCGAUUCUGUUUGAACCAAGUGGUACAUGGAAGCUGGAGAAUAGUUUGACCACUGAAAAAUUUCUAUAUGGUAACACGCAAAUACAAAUAACACUCCAGAUUUCUUUAUCAAGAUAUCCAUUAUUUUACGUACUGACUACCAUUUUACCAAUCUGUCUUUUAGCGAUUUUGAAUCCUGUUGUUUUCCUAGUUCCGGCUGAAUCUGGAGAAAAGAUUUCACUACCUGUUUCCAUUCUCCUGGCCUAUUCUGUCACCCUUUCUGCGCUAUCAGAAUUGUUACCGGAAGUUUCAGAAAACAUCAGUAUUUUAGGCGUCUACGUCUGCACAAUGUUAUGUUUGAAGGUUGUAUCUGUUGUGGCUUCUGUUGGAGCUGUCUCGCUUUAUCACCGUUCGGGAUCGGUGCCUAGGGAAGGAGUUUACCAUUGGUUGGGCAAGACCGGAAGACGGGGUAUCAAAACUAACAAUGUUCAUGUAGUUGGUGGAAAUACAGAUGAGGAAAUCAUUAGCUGGCAGGAUGUGUCCAGAGCAUGUGAUCGGAUUAUGUUCUAUCUAAUGUGCUCAGUAGCAUUGCUAAUCUCUAUUGUCUGUGCUAGUUUUAUUUUUUAAAUAAGUAUUUUAAAUCC